CGCUCAAAAUAAUAACAAUCCCCUUGAUAAUGUGCAUUUAAUACGGGUUUUUAAUGCUUAAGUACGAUUCAUUGAGUCAUGCGAUAUUGUCGAAGUGAUUUGUUUGUGGGAUUAGCUGAAGUUUUGUAGAAAGGAGUGUAAUAUUUAGUGAAAUGGAGGAGUCAGUACUGAAAUUCAAUAUUAAGGAGGUUAAGAUCGACACUCUGCGGGCAAUAUCGGAGUGUUCUCAGCGAGGAUUAUUAAACUCAGCCAAAUGGCUAUCCGAGUUAAAUUACUCUCUCCGCGACGUAAAGCUGGACAGUCACGACAUGACCCAAGACAUAAGCCUAGUAGAAACAUGCCUGGAAGAUGACCAAUACAUCCUCGCGAAAAGUUACUUCGAUCUGAAAGAAUACGACCGUGCAGCGUACUUCAUAAAAUCCUGUAAGAACCCAAAGACGCGUUUUCUAUAUCUCUACUCGCGGUAUCUCUCCGGCGAGAAAAAGAAGAUCUACGACAUGACAGACGUACCACCUGACCCCCUGAAGAACGAAGAGCUGAAACUCCUCUCCAGUGACUUGCGAAAGGAUCACAUGUCCGGACAAUUGGAUGGCUUCGGCUUGUAUCUCUUCGGAGUAACCCUGAAGAACCUGAGAUUGACUCACGAAGCUAUUGAUGUCCUCGUGGAGUCUACUCACAAGUACCCAAUGCACUGGGGCACAUGGCUGGAGCUAGCAGGGUUAAUAAACGACAAAGAGAAACUGGACAGCCUGAUUCUUCCGAAUCACUGGAUGAAGCAUUUCUUUAUGGCACACAUGUUCCUGGAACUUCAACUCCUGGAUGAGGGUGUAGCCCUCUACUGCGAGUUGCAGUCCAUGGGUUUCGAGAAGAACGGCUACGUCUUGGCGCAAACAGCGAUAGCUGUUCAUUAUCGCAGGGACGCUGAAAAUGCUAUCGAAACAUUUAAAAAAAUCAUCAAGGAUGAUCCUUACUGUCUAGACAACAUGGACACCUAUUCGAAUCUUCUUUAUGUCAAGGAGAUGAGGGUGGAGCUAGCUGAUCUGGCUCAUCGUGCUACCUCUAUCGACAAGUAUAGAUUGGAGACGUGUUGCAUCGUUGGGAAUUAUUACAGCCUGAGGGCUGAUCACCAGAAGGCCGUCAUGUAUUUUCAUAGGGCAUUGAAAUUGAAUCCUCAGUAUCUAUCGGCGUGGACCCUUCUGGGCCACGAAUUCAUGGAGUUAAAGAACACUAAUGGAGCUAUACAUAGCUAUAGACAGGCCAUCGAGGUUAACAGAAGGGAUUAUCGCGCCUGGUAUGGCCUUGGUCAAACGUAUGAAAUUCUCAAAAUGCCCUUCUAUGGGCUUUAUUACUAUAAACAGGCCCAGAGGCUGAGGCCACAUGACAGCAGGAUGAUUCUAGCCCUGGGGGAGGCAUAUGAGAAACAGGAUAAAAUACAGGAUGCCCUCAAGUGCUAUUACAAGGCCUGCAAUGUCGGGGAUAUCGAGGGGAUGGCGCUAAUUAAACUUGCUACCCUUUAUGAGAAUUUGAAUGAGGAGGAACAUGCCGCUGCGGCUUACAAUGACUUUGUGAUGGAUGAGUUUAGAAGCACUGAUAGAGCUGAGUUGAGUCAUGCGUAUAAGUUUUUGACGCAGUAUCAUUUGAAGAGGGAACAAUUAGAUCAGGCUAAUCAUUAUGCUCAGAAGUGUCUGCAAUUUGAUGAGACGAAGGAGGAGGCUAAGGCGUUAUUGAGGACCAUUGCACAGAAGAGGAUCAAGGUGGAGGAGAUGAUUGUAAUUGAGGACAUGAAUGAGACUGACCCAGUGGGCGAGAGGAAUACGCAGGUGGAGAACACCCCAGGAAGUCAAUCCUCUCCGAUGAAUCUGUCAUUCACGCCGACCCAGUGAAUAUCAGUUUUUUCAAUCUCUUUCUGAACAGCUACGUCAUGAAUUAAAUAAUAUCAAUUCAUCGAUUUUUGUAAUAAAACCACUCUAGAUGAAUAAAUAAUGAUUCCAUAA